AUGACCGACACCGACUCUGGGAAACGCAAGGCCUCUGCCGCCGGCUUGGGCCAGAACCGCCCCGUCAAGCGACGCGCUUCCAAGGCCUGCUGCUGCUGUCGUGCACGCAAAGUGCGUUGCGACGUUGUGGAAAAUGGCUCACCCUGCACGAAUUGUCGCCUAGAUCAGGUUGAAUGCGUGGUGACGGAGAGUAAACGCCGCAAGAAAUCUCGCGUCGAGGUAGAGAAUCAUUCUGAGUCUCCUGAAGCUGUGGAGGAUAACCAUUUCCACGGCCGUUUCAAUGACUUAUCCGGGCUGGCGGACUUGGUGCCGACCUCCCCGUCACAAAACUCGGUGGAUUUGGACCAGGGUCAACAUAUGCCCCAUCUACUCUACCAAAACCAAGCUACAAGGAUUGGCUCUAUCGGCUCUGAUGAUCGCUACCAACGCCGAAUGGCACCCAAUCCGGCAGUUCCUGCUUCUAUGCCCCUGGCCAACGUCACCUCGCAAAUCCAGCAAUUGCUAGACCCCAGAUUUGGCAACGCCCGUUCCAAUGGUUCACUCCCGGACUAUAUCCGCGGUUUGCCCGCCCGACUGCUCAAGGAAGAUAUCGACUACUUGGCCAUCAAGGGUGCUCUCACCAUCCCGGAACCCUCUCUUCGCAACGAAUUGCUGAAAAGCUACAUUCACUAUGUGCAUACAUACAUGCCCUUACUUGACCUAGAAGAGUUCCUGCAGACCAUCGCUCAGAACAAUGGCCUGCACCGGAUCAGUCUUUUGUUGUUCCAGGCGGUCAUGUUCGCCGGUGUUGCCUUCAUCGACAUGAAGCAUCUGCAAGCCGCAGGUUACCAGACUCGCAAGGCUGCCCGGAAGGUGUUCUUCCAGCGGGCUCGUCUCCUAUACGACUUCGACUACGAGGUGGAUCGUAUUUCGUUGGUUCAGUCACUCUUGCUCAUGACCUACUGGUACGAAACCCCCGAUGACCAAAAGGACACUUGGCAUUGGAUGGGUGUCAGUCUGUCCCUGGCCCACACCAUCGGCCUGCACCGGGAUCCCGGCAACUCGCGGAUGGAUGUGCGCCGCCAACGGAUGUGGAAGCGGAUCUGGUGGAGUACCUAUACUCGUGAUCGACUGAUCGCCCUCGGCAUGCGUCGGCCUAUGCGUGUCAAGGAUGACGAUUGUGAUGUGCCUAUGCUCAGUCUUGAUGACUUUGAAUUCCAUCCGUUCUCCCCUGAGAUUGUGGCCAUGGUGGGCAACUCGGAGAUCCUUCAGAAUGUCAGCCAUCAGCGCGAGCUGGCUUUGAUGUUCAUCGAGAAGGCCAAGCUCUGCCUGUGCGUCAGCCACGUCCUUUCAGCUCAGUACUCCGUGUUGAGUCACAAGUUCGGCGGCACAAUGGAGACUACCAUGAUGCUUGUUCCGAAGAAAUCCACAGCCGAAACCUUCGAGGUCCGCAGCUGUGACCAAGAACUGGAGGACUGGCUGGCCAACCUGCCCAUUGAAACUCAAUACAAGAUGUCAAACGGCUCCAAACUCCCCGAGGCAGAUGAAGUCCUACACUCCCACAGAGCCCUUCUUAAAAUGGUUUACCUCACCACCUCAUCCGCCCUGCAUCGCCCACAAGUCCUCCCCGCCAUGCCCUAUCCAUCCACAGACGCCGAGCUACAAGACAUCUCCCGCAACAAAGUCCGCUUCGCCGCCGUCGAAAUCACCGCCAUCGCCCAAGAUCUCCACACCCUCGAUCUGACCCGCUACUACCCAACCACGGGCGUGACAGUCCUUCUCCCCGCCGUCAUCAUCCACCUCCUAGACAUCAAGUCCACAGACCCCACGAUCCGCAUGACCUCCCUCCAACGCUUCUACCAAUGCAUGCGCAUCCUCCAACGUCUCCGCGAAAUCUACGCCUCCGCCGACUUCGCCACCUCCUUCCUUGAAGCUGCAAUCCGCAAAGCAGGCAUCCAACUCACCGUCUCACCCCAGGACGUCUCCGACAAACCCCGUCACACUCUCACUCCCCCACCAGACUCCCUGGCUCAAAAGAUUCCGGAUCUCACAUACCCACCGGCGCCUACACGUCCCGCAGACAUCUUCGCCUCCACGCCGCCUCAGUCCGAUGGAUCCGAGAACGGAAGCACGAACAAUGUCAACGCGCCUGCUAAGGAUGCAUUUGCGAUGCCUUCGGAAAUGAGUCUGACGGAGUUGAUGGAUCUGGCGAAUGAUGCCGAAGUCACGCAGAAUGACUUCGAUGCGCUGAUCAAUUUCGAUGACCCGGCUCACAAUGAGCUCUUUGAGGAGCCGGCUGAGGAAAAGUUCGAUUUCACUGAUAACAUGAUGUUUGAUACGGAGCCUAAAGCGGUGGAUUUCGCUUUGGAGGGCAUUACUACGGAAUAA